AUGUGGUCAUGUAUAUGCUGUUGCAGCAGCAGAAACAAGGCUCAAACUCGGUGCCAAAAAGGGUCCUACUUUUUGAAUGGGAGGGUUCAUGCGGUAACUAGAAUCGAGAAGUGGGAGGAGAAGAUCAGAGAAGCUAACAGUAAUGGCAACAUUCUAGUAGUAAAUUUCAAGGCGUCCUGGUGUUUACCUUGUAGAAAAAUAGCACCAAUAUACGAGGAACUUGCGUCCACAUACACCUCAAUGAUAUUUGUUACUGUAGACGUCGAAGAGCUGGCUGAGUUUAGUGAUGAAUGGAAUGUGGAGGCAACUCCAACAGUAGUGUUCCUCAAGGAUGGGAGGCAAAUGGAUAAACUUGUAGGUGGAGAUGUUGCAGAGCUUCAGAAGAAAACAGCAGCUGCUGCAGAGCUUCUCAUCAGAAAAUCUUAA